UGCUUGCACCCACCGCAAGCCUUGCCAAAAGAUAGAAGUUGACGAAAUGUUUAAAAAAAAUUGCAAUUUUCGAACGUACAUAGACGAAAGUGCUGGCGUAGGGAAGUGUAAAAAGGCUUUACAAGAGUGAUCAAAAACAUUUAUCAACCUAACAAAUAAAAAAUUAAUAAAUUACAUUCGGACUACAAAGCAGCUUGUCAUUAGUUAAAAUAUAAACGCGUAUAAAUAUACAUAAAUGCGAGUCGAAGUUGCUUUGGUCUUUUGUUUUUUAUGCUGGCCAAAUACGAGUAUCGUUAAAAGGGCUAAACUUUUUCUAUUGUUUGUUGGAAAUUCAGUUAUGAGUAUUUAAGUUUUUGCGCAGUGCAAACGUUAGCGCUGGAUUCGAUGAGCAAUUCCAAAAAAGUGUAAAAGAGUUGUAUACCUACAUAUCUAUAUUAAAAAAAGUGUCAAUAGUUAAGUGCAAAGUACCUGCGCCAGUGUUCCAUCAAUUACCGUCGAUUUUUGUGCCUCUGUCCUAGAGCAAUAUCGGCUGCAGUUGCUCUCAACUUUUUCAGCGUUAAGGCGUUCGGGUAAAGAAUCGGUUUAAUCGUGAACUUAGUCGAGUCUGUCUUCCAAACCAGUCAACUAAAUAGGGUUAAACGGCUUAGCACUCGUUGUAAGCGAAGUACCCGCGGGCGGCGAGUUUUGUAUAUUUUGAAGGAGUUUUUAAGUACUACCAGCGGGGCGAAUACAUCACCAUUGACAGGAAAUUUAUUAGGGAAUCACUUUCGUUGGUUUUGUGAAUUGCUUCCUGUCGUAGUAGUAUGACAAUUCCAUCACGUCCUGCACCUGCGCCUCCAGUGGCGCGUGGUCAAAGUGCUGCUGCCGGUGCCAAUGCUAGUAUCGAGCAGCUGCGCCGUCAACUUCAUCAGCAACAGCUGCAGCAGCAACAGAAUGGUGGCGUCCAGAAGUUAGCCAUAAGUCUACCGCCACCACCAAAAGGUCCCACCUCUGCCAUGUCAAUGGCCAGUCGUAACAACAGCAUCAGUAGCAACAAUAACUACAACAGCAACCAAUCAGCGAUAACACGCAAAUUUCCACAAGCACGCUACACGCCCACCACAAACUGGGAUGAUGAUCCAUUUCGCAUUAAUGCGUCAUCAGCCACCAAUACAAAUGGUAAUUGCAAGAAAGUGCCACCACCACGUCCGCCGCCACCCAAAGUGCAGGUGAAUGGCCGCAAAGCUCCACUGCCGCCUUCGACGCACUCAACAAAAUUGUUAAGCAACAUAUUCAGGAGCAAGAAAAACAGCAACAGUAGCAGCAGCAACAACAAUAACAAAGCAAGUAAAAUAUAUGGUGUCAGCAGUGGUGUCUACGCCACCAACAAUGUCGCAGUUACAACAACAACCAACAGCAGUAGCAGUAACACAAACGCCUGGGCUGCUGUCACUUCCACUGCAGUAAAUGGCAGCAGCGGCGGCAACAGUUGGCAGGCGAACUGGAACAGCAGUUACACAUCGACGUCGCUUACGUCUUUGGCUGUUGGCAAUAGCAGCGCAAGUGCGUCCGGUGUAGCGGAAGCACAGCUUAUCAGUUUCGACUCGCCGCCAAGUUCGCCAACAUUUACACAGAAAUCGAAUAGUGAUUGCCUCAGCGUCGAUAGUUUCAGCUCCGAUUCGAAUUUCAGUUCGCCCAACAAUGGCAGUGUCUCUCAACCGGAGAGUGGCUUCGAGGAUGAUUUCAGCGCGCGCAGCCGUCCAGCCACAACGAGCCCCCUUGAUCCAUGGGAGGCUUUCGAUAGCGGUUUCAACACUGCUACCGAUAGUAUUUACGCCAGCACAGCCGCAACGAGUACCAUUGGCACUGCGCCAGUACGCAAUCUCAACACAAUCAACACACGCAUCCAGUCCAGCAACGACAAUCCGCUUUGCAAUGGCAAGAGUCUUUUACCGCCGACGCCCACUCUUAGUGUGCCAACGAUUAUCAAACCGAAAAUAUCGCAGAAGCCACGUGCGCCCAAGCCGCCAGUGCUGCCGAAGCCGCAGUUAGCGUAUGGUGGGGAAGAUACGCCACCAACACCGCCAUCACCACCCAUGCCGCUGUGUGCGCCACCACCGCCACCAAUAAGCGUUUCAUUACUGGACGUAAUAUCGGGGAAAGCGGAUGCACUGCAGCUGGGAGGUGGUGGUUCAUGCUUUGGCAGCGGUAUGGAGGAAACGAGACCAUAUGGCGUGGCUUUGUACGACUUCGAAGGUGUCGAAGAGGGUGAUCUUAAUUUUAGGGAAAAUGAGAAAAUCUACUUACUAGAACAGAUGAGCGCCGAAUGGUAUCGUGGUCGUACGCGCUCUGGCUGUGAAGGUAUCUUUCCAGUAAACUAUAUUGAUGUAAAAGUGCCAUUGGAUGAGGUGGCGUCGAUGAUGGCUCCUGGUAGCCAACAACAAAUAAGCAAACCGUUACGCGUACGAUGUCUUUACAAUUUCCCAGCUGAAUGCGAUGGUGACUUGGCUUUGAAGGAAAAUGAAUUGGUAACCAUACUCUAUAAAAUCAAUGAGGACUGGCUUUAUGGCGAAGUUGAUGGUCGGGAAGGUCAAUUUCCGGCGAAUUUCCUUGAGUACUUACCCACCAACAUACCGACGUACCAACAUGCAUCGUAAACAAUUGGUCCAAGGAGAAGCUGCUUUCAUACUUUUACACGCUCUCCCUUUAAGAAUUAUUGUGCUACAUACAAGCGUAUUCUACGAAAACAAUACUAUUGAAUGUCCGAAGUUCUGCGCACUUAAGUAUACAUAUAUGUAAUAGGUCUGUUAAACAAAAAAAAAAAAAAAUCUUUGCAACACAUUUUUAGUUAACCAAUUAAAGUAUUUUUUUGUAAAAAAAUGUGCUCGCUAAUCAGUUUUAAGUAGUGUGUCCCGAAAAAUUUGAAUGAUUGAAAGCAAUGGAUUGCAACAUGGAAUUGAAUUUGAUUGAGAAUUUGUAUCGAUGUGAUUAAAGAAACCGUUUGAUAUAAAUACCUACAUACAUAUAUACAUUUUUAUAGAUAGUAAUUUAUAAACGGAAAUAUUAUUAAUUAACACACAUAUACAUACAUGUACUUUUAAGUGAUUUAGUCUUUCAUUAAAUGCACUAUAAUGGUACUGGUUUGUAAACGAUAUUUUAUAUGUAUCUUCGGUGUCAAAUGUAAGUGUACACCUUUUUCGAAUUUUUAUUGUGGAGGGUGUCGCGCGUUUUCUUCCAUGUAAGGCGUGAUCAAAAUCUAUUUUUAUAUGGAAGAAAAUGCCCAACACCCUCCACAAAAAAGAAUUCUAAAAAAUCAACGGUAAUU